AUGUAUUUCAAAAUGAAGAAAUUGGCCAUAUUAUCAACAGCAUCGUUUUUAUUUGCUGACUUUCUACUUCAAGAAUAUCAGCACGAUGCAAACUACAAUAAAUCCAGAAUUUUAAAUGAGGUGUGUUAUAAUAAUACAAACAUUCAACUAUAUAACGAAUUGGAAAAGGGAAGUUACGAGAGUCAAACAUAUUUCUAUAACACAAAAAAAACACAUAGAUUACUUGGAGAGAAUGGUAAUAGAGUAAAUGAAGUUAUACCAAUUAAUAAUGGGAGAAAUAAUAAUGGAAUAAAGAAUAGAAGGUUAAAUCUACGUCAACUAGCUGAGGGAGCUGGCAAUGGUGCUGGUGCUGGUAAUGGUGCUGGUGCUGGUAAUGGUGCUGGUGCUGGAAAUGGUGCUGGUGCUGGUAAUGGUGCUGGUGCUGGUAAUGGUGCUGGUGCUGGAAAUGGUGCUGGUGCUGGUAAUGGUGCUGGAGCUGGUGAUGGUAAAAAAGAAGAGAAACCAAUACCAGAUCCAACCAAAGAAGAAAUUCAGAAAUAUAUAAAUAGUGUACUUGAUAGUGUUACAUCUGAAUGGUCUAAAUGCAACGUAAAAUGUGGAAAAGGUGUGCAAGUUAGAAUAAGACCUGAUUCUAAUAAAAAUAAAGGUGAUAAACUUACCAUAAAUGAUGUUGAAGCAAAAAUUUGUGAACUAAAAAGAUGUUCUUCCAGUAUAUUUAAUGCUAUAAGCAAUUCAUUAGGUUUAGCAAUAUUUUUAGUCUUUUUAUUUUUUUAUUAA